CUCGCGUUGCGCCCAUGGUGAUUGCGCAUCCCUGUACGCGGAGACGGGGCAGCGGUCGGACCUACCGGCGCCUCCCCACCCCGCAGGCGCGGGCAGGAGAGGCGAGGCACCCAGGUGUUGGUGACUUAAGACUCAUUUAGGUAUUUAGUUCUCAGGAAACAGAGACAUGAGAGGCUUACUGGAUUUACUCUAUUUUCACUGAAAAGUACAGCUUUGCACUAGUAUUUUUUUGCCUCCUUUCCAUCCCUCCUCUCCAACAGGAGAGGAUAAUUUGGGUAAUUAUAUUAGCCCUCACCUACUCCCCCUUUCCUCUAUUCCACCCUCAGAAAUCUACCCUGGUCCCUGAGGCAUCAGCUAGAAAUUGCUUGCGUAGUACCAGGAGAACGCUGUCCUCAUCACCCCUUGCUUGAUUUGGGGGCUUCAGUAGUACAUUUCCAUCCUUUGGAGUGCAGUGCAGGGAGGUGUCCAGAAGACACUAUUGCUACCCUCUUUGGGUAGUAGAGGAUCCUAGAAAGAGGGGUACAUAGCAAGACGCGUGAUCUCACUGAGGGAGCCAGAUUGAAGCGGCGCUUACUCGGCACACUAAAAGAAGCACCCAUCUUUGGCAUCUUUUCAUCUUCCAGUCCUUUCUCAUCAAAUUUCUGAAGCUCCACUGAAAGGAAACCUUGAAGGUUGCAAGACAGGACCAAGAUGUGCAGUUCAGUUGCUCCCAGGCUGUGGUUCUUAACAGACCGUCGCAUCAGAGAAGAUUACCCUCAGCAGGAGAUCAUGAGAGCGCUGAAGGCCAAGUGCUGUGAAGAGGAGCUAGAUUUCCGGGCCUUGGUGAUGGAUGAAGUGGUGCUGACCAUUGAGGAUGGAAAUCUUGGUCUCCGGGUGAAUGGGGAGCUCAUUACUGCUUACCCACAGGUGGUGGUUGUGCGUGUGCCAACACCUUGGGUCCAGAGUGACAGCGAUAUCACAGUCCUCCGCCAUCUAGAGAAGAUGGGCUGUCGAUUGAUGAAUCGUCCCCAAGCCAUCCUCAACUGUGUCAACAAGUUCUGGACUUUCCAAGAACUUGCUGGUCAUGGCGUGCCUCUUCCAGACACCUUUUCAUAUGGUGGUCAUGAGAAUUUUGCCAAAAUGAUUGAUGAGGCGGAAGUGCUGGAGUUUCCUAUGGUGGUGAAGAACACACGGGGUCACCGAGGCAAAGCUGUGUUCCUGGCAAGAGACAAGCACCAUUUGGCAGACCUGAGCCAUUUGAUCCGUCACGACGCCCCUUAUUUAUUUCAAAAAUAUGUUAAAGAGUCCCAUGGCAAGGAUGUACGAGUUAUCGUAGUAGGAGGCCGUGUGGUGGGCACCAUGCUCCGCUGCUCAACAGAUGGGAGGAUGCAGAGUAACUGCUCACUUGGUGGUGUAGGUAUGAUGUGCUCACUGAGUGAACAAGGCAAGCAGUUGGCAGUCCAGGUGUCAAACAUCUUGGGGAUGGACGUGUGCGGCAUUGACCUACUGAUGAAGGACGACGGUUCAUUCUACGUCUGCGAGGCCAAUGCAAAUGUAGGUUUCAUUGCCUUUGACAAGGCUUGUAAUCUAGAUGUAGCUGGUAUCAUAGCGGACUAUGCCGCUUCUCUCCUUACCCCCGGUCGCUUGACGCGGCGCAUGUCCUUGCUCUCCGUGGUGUCCACGGCAAGCGAGACUAGCGAGCCAGAGCUGGGCCCUCCAGCUAGUGCCGCUGUCGACAAUAUGAGUGCUAGCUCCAGCUCUGUCGACAGCGACCCUGAGACCACGGAGAGAGAGUUGCUCACCAAGCUCCCGGGGGCUCUAUUCAACAUGAACCAGCUAUUAGCCAAUGAGAUCAAACUUCUUGUGGAGUGAUGCCACAUGUAAAUACAUGACCAACAAAACUCUCUCUUGUAAAUUUUUUUUUUAAAAACCAACUUGCAAUGCUGUUUAUCAGAGAAGCUCAGAGAAAUGGAGGGGAGGGGUCAAUCAAGGGAGCAAGAUUAAAGGCAUGUAUUCUGAGAUUGCCCCUACUUUUUUGUGUUGCAUAAAAUUGUUUUAAUUCUUCAGCAUCAUUUUUUUUUAUUGAAGAUGCUCAGUUCACAGCCUGAAUGGAAAUUUUAUUUGGGUGCUGCUUUGGACCCCAAACGUAUUGCAGUGCAUGUGUGUUCACAGGAAAGCAUUAAAGCAUGAGUUACACUUCAGAAAAGCUGUCUAGCAGCUCUCUAGAAACUUCUGUGCACCAGCUAAGCCUCUUCUACCUCUGUAAGGCUUGAUUCUGUAAGUUGCUGAGUGCCUCUAAUUUCAGUGAGAGUUGACAAUGUUUAAUACCAGAUAUUUCAAAGUUCCUGGACGCCUGCUUUUCUGACUCUAGUAAGUGGGAGCUGUUAAGUUCAGCAUCCUGUUACGGUCACCCCUUUUUGACUUUGUGGGAUAUGGCCCUUUAAAUGAUGAGGCAGAGAGAAGUGUCAGUUCACUGAACUUGAGCUUUCAGUACAGUCUGUAACUUCUGCCAUCUUGCCAUGUUUUGUUUAUAAAGCUUUUGAAGGAGGAUUUUUAAUAUUUGUGUUUUUCUCAUUUCAAAUCUCUGCUUUG